AUGUUCUCGCCAGAACAGAGGACAUUUGUUCACGAGUUUUUGUGGAAUCGUAUUCGAUUUAACUUGCCGUUGAGUUUUUCCGCUUCAUUAGCACAAUUGGUACCAAAUCUUCUUGUACAACAAAUAAUCUCUUUUUCUCAAAUAAAUGAAAGUGAAAUAACGUACGAAUUAAAAGAAGAUGACUUCAGUUUUGUUGUUGAAACAGAUUCGCAUGAUGUAAUUCCUCGAAAUGAAACAAUUGAUCUCGAUUCGAUCCUUCCAAAAAUUGUUGGUCACGCUCGAAUUGAAAACUUUUUUGGUAUUCCAACACAUUUCUCGAAAAAGAAAAUGGAUUUGUAUAAAAUAACACGUUUACCAUUGUUUGUCGAUGAAAAAAAAGCUGUGUACAUAGCGAAUCUUCCUCAUUAUUUAUCGGUAGGUGAAGAUGGAAGUUCAUCCGAGUGGUUUGAUCAUACCAAUCGAAGGUGCACAGUUGAUAAAAAGUCGAGAUAUAUGUUUUGUUCUAUUCCGGAACCUAUAUUUAGCUCCAUUCAACAUUCUUGUCUACGAUCGAUAGUAUUAAAUACUUCAACAAAGGAUUGUUUAAAAGAAACAGUUGAUUUGUCUUCACCACAUGUUGUUAAAUCUGCACCUAACAUACAUGCAAUCAGUAUACACACCUCGUUGCAAUGCUUUGAAAAAGGUAAUAAAGAUAAUAAAAAUGUAUUUAGUAAUAUAACCAAGGUAGCUAUCAUCAAAACACGUUGUAAUAGUUUCGUUUCUUGUGGUACACUUGAUUUUUCAUCUGUAGGUGGUGUUUGUAAUAAGACCGAAAGUUACAUAUUUACUUUCAAUAACACAUGA